AUGGAGGAGGUGAUGAUAGUGGGCGCCGGCAUCGCGGGGGUGGCGACGGCGGUUGCCCUCAGGAAGGUCGGCAUCCGAGCGCUCGUCCUUGAGAGAUCGAAGGAGCUGCGAGUGACCGGUGCAGCUCUCAGUCUCCAGCCUAAUGCGUGGCUCGCUCUCGACGCGCUCGGGGUUUCGGGCAAGCUCGCACCCCUCUACGAUCCUAUCCCCACGGGAUACGUGACUGAUGUCCAGACUAAAUCGAUUCAAGAAGUGCAUUUUGCUGCAAAUAACCGAAAUGGAGCCCUAACAAGGUCGGUUCACCGAAAGGUCUUGUUGGAAGUUCUGGCAGAUGAGCUUCCUCCAAUACGUGGGUUGUCCGUGUUCCCGGAGGGCCACGGGUUAGACGACGGCCACAAGUUUCAACAAUUUGUGGAUGUGGGCAAGAGGGGAGAUUUUGUUACUCUCAACGAUAAAGAACUGUACUGGUUCUUCCUGGGGAAGUCUCCUGCUAAAGGACUUCCCACCUGUGUACCACGAUGUGGUCAAGCACUCCGAUCUUUCGAGCUUGACAUGGGCCCCCUGAUGUUCCGCUAUCCUUGGGACGUCCUAUUUGGAAACCUAGCCAAAUCAAACGUCACGGUGGCUGGAGAUGCCUUGCACCCAAUGACCCCCGACUUGGGCCAGGGCGGAUGUUCGGCGCUCGAGGAUGCGGUAGUGUUGGGUCAGCACCUUGGUGACUUGAUUUGCAAGCACUGCAAACUCAUGACCCAAGAUAUCGGAUUUGCAAUAGAGAGGUAUGCAAAGGAGAGGAGACUGAGGGCGACGAUGUUGAUAACAGCGUCAUACUUCUCAGGUUAUAUGCAACAGGAUGGGUCCAGUGGAAUGAUGAAGUUACUGAGAGAUGUUGUAUUCUAUAGGCUCCUCUUGUCUAGAGUAGUGAAUAGAAUUUCACGAUAUGAUUGUGGGAAGCUUCCUAGUGUCUCCUCUUUGCCUUCGUGGGGAUCCAAAAGCUCCACCUAA